AUGUCUUCUGUUGAAGUUGGUGCUUAUGAUGGGCCUUGUUUAGGGCCUCCUCCUAUUUUAAAUAUAUUUCAUGCAAUUGUCUCGGGUCUCUCCCAAUCGCAGCAGCACCGCAUUGCACAGCUGAAGGCGAAACUAAGAAAAGAACAUUUCAGGCUUCUAAAGGUAAAAGAAAGUAAAGCAAAAGAACUGCAGCAGCAGCAGCAGCAGCAACCGCAGCAGCAGCAACCGCAGCAAACGCACCAGCGGCAGCAACACGAACAGCAGCAGCAACACGAACAGCAGCAGCAACAGCCACAGCAACAGCAACAGCAACAGCAGCAGCAGCAGCAGCAGCAGCAACAGGAACAGGAGCUUCGGAAGCAGCAACAGCAGCAGCAGCAGCAGCAGCAAGAUCAACUGACUUAUCCCUUGACUGGCUAUGAAUUGCAUUGGGCGAGCGACCCGGAAACUCUUCUUAGGAUGUUGUUAGCUCGCAAUUGGAAUGUUCCUCGCGCUUUCGCUUUGCUUCUCGAGGCGAUUUCUACGCGUCGUUUGCUGCGUCCCGAGCGGCUGACUGACGCAGCAACAGCAGCAGCAGCAGCAGAAGAAGAAGAAGGCGAGGAAACAGAAGAAGAUGAUGAAGAAGAAGCUGCAGCAGAGGCCAAUGAGGAUACAGAGGAGUUAAGCGAAGACGACAAGAAAAGGUUGCUGCUGCAAGAGGCGCUGAAGCAGCAGCAGAUGCAGCAACAGCUGCAGCAGCAGAUGCAGCAGCAGCUGCAACAGCAGCAGCAGCAGCACCAGCAGCAGCCAGCAGCUGCUACGACACAGCAUCAAGAAGCAGCAGGGGAGAAGAAGGCAUCAUAA